UGCCCCGCCCCCGCCCGCCUCCGGAGCAAGGCUAGGGCUGGCGGCGGCGGCGUCGCCAGCGGCAGUUGGGAGCGGUUAGCUGCGGAGCUAUUGGUCCCCGCGGCGGCUCCGUGGUUCCGGCCCCGCGAUGUCGGUGUCGACUCCCGCCGCCGCCGAGGCCGAGGCCGAGGCCGAGGCGAAGCCGAAGCAGGCGAGAGCCGGCCAGGGCCCUGGGCCGCCGGGGCCGCGCUACGUGCUGGGGCUGGACGUGGGGAGCAGCGUGAUCCGCUGCCACGUCUAUGACCGGGCCACGCGGAUCUGCGGUUCCAGCAGCCAGAAGGUAGAAGUGAUUUAUCCUCAAAAUGGCUGGGUUGAAAUAGAUCCUGAAGUUCUUUGGAGUCAAUUUAUUGCUGUAAUAAAAGAAGCUGUACAAGCUGCAGGAAUACAAAUGGAUCAGAUUGUUGGCCUUGGAAUCUCAACACAGAGAGCAACUUUCAUUACAUGGAACAAGAAAACAGGAAAUCAUUUUCACAACUUCAUAAGUUGGCAAGACCUAAGAGCUACUGCACUUGUGAAAUCCUGGAAUAAUUCUUUUCUGUUGAAGCUAAUACAGAGUUCCACCAAAAUACUUCACUUUUUCACUCGAAGUAAACGACUUUUAGGUGCCAGUUUAUACACUUUUACAACUCAGCAAGUGUGUUUGAGAUUGGCCUGGAUUUUACAGAACUUGAAGGAGGUACAAAAAGCAGCUGCAGAAGAAAAUUGUUGCUUUGGAACUAUUGAUACUUGGCUGUUGUAUAAACUCACAAAAGGUUCUGAAUAUGCUACAGACUUUUCAAAUGCUAGUACAACUGGAAUUUUUGACCCAUAUCAGAUGUGUUGGAGUGGAAUCCUUACCUCCCUGCUUUCGAUACCAAUCACUAUGCUACCUCCUGUGAAAGAUACAAGUCACAACUUUGGAUCAGUGGAUAAAGAAAUCCUUGGAGCAUCUAUACCGAUUGUGGCCUUGGUUGCUGACCAGCAGGCAGCCAUGUUUGGGGAAUGCUGCUUUCAGAGAGGAGAUGUGAAGUUGACUAUGGGAACAGGGACUUUUUUGGAUAUUAAUACUGGAACCAACCUUCAACAGACUGUGGGAGGUUUCUAUCCAUUAAUUGGUUGGAAGAUUGGUCCAGAAGUAGUAUGUUUGGCUGAAGGCAAUGCAGCAGAUACUGGUACUGCCAUAAAAUGGGCCCAAAAUUUGAAUCUUUUCACAGAAGCUGAUGAGACUGAAAAAAUGGCUAAAAGUUUGACAGAUUCUGAAGGAGUUUGUUUUGUUCCAUCCUUUAGUGGAUUGCAGGUUCCAUUAAAUGACCCCUGUGCAUGUGCCUCUUUUAUGGGUCUAAAAUCUUCCACUAAUAAGUUUCAUCUGGUACGAGCUAUACUGGAGUCAAUAGCUUUCAGAAAUAAACAAUUGUAUGAGAUGAUGCAGAAAGAGAUUGACAUUCCUGUUACCAAAAUCCGGGCAGAUGGAGGGGUCUGUAAGAACAGUUUUGUUAUGCAGAUGACUUCUGACCUGAUUAAUGAGAAGAUAGACAGACCUGUGCAGAUAGAGAUGUCUUGUUUGGGUGCUACUUUUCUAGCUGGUCUUGCUGUUGGGUUUUGGACAGACAAAGAGGAAUUAAAGAAACUGAGGGAAACCGAAAGAGUUUUUGAGCCCCAGAGGAAAUGGAAAGAAUAUGAACCCAGUAUGGAAAAUUGGGUCAAGGCUGUGAAGCGUUCCAUGAACUGGUAUAGCAAGAUAUAAUAGCAGAAGGGAGAAGAUAGAUAUAACAGUUUAGUGCUUUUUAGGGGGAAACCUUUUUACCAUAAUUUUUAUCUAAACCUCAAACUUGCUAAGACAACAAUACCUCAUAAACACACCAGUCAUUGUCCUGUAUUUUGUAGCAACCUCCCAGGGAGGGUCAGACCACCACUUCCACUUGUGUUUUGGCUGCUCUAGAAUUCUUCUGUCUUACCUUGGGUCCUCAUCUUUUUAAAAAAGAAAAUAUUAUAGAUCAGUGCUAUAACUGAACAUUGUGAUUUGUUACCAGCAACUUUUGGUGAAUGCCAAUGUCUCAUUCAAAAAUUAUGUCAUUUUUUGCCUUGAAUUAGAUUUAUUUACAAUUCAUAUAUUAAAUAAAAGGAUGACAUGCCAAAAUAAUGUAGCAGUACUGAAGCAACAUUAAGAUUUUUAAAAUUUAAAGCUGCAAUUUGUUAAGUGCUCUGUCCAGAUGUGAGCUGUUUGUCAAUAUUUGAUUUUUAGGCUAAGUUUCUUUAUUGGUUAGUGCAUUGUCUUUUUUUUUGACUGCCUUUUCUGUGAUAUAGGAACAUUAUUUCUUUGCAGAUUUGCUAGCUGAUCAUUUAUAAUGUUUGAAAAAUAUUGAUUUUUGAUUGAUAAAAAUGAUAGUGUUUGCUAUGGAGCAAUAAUUUCGUUCCAUCCAUCAAAUUACUUACUGACUUAAACAUAACUGGUUUGUUGGUAAGUAGAGAAGCAAUGCUCCACCACUUUGGCUGUCAUCACAGAAUCAAUCACAAUCUCAUUUUUGAGAACAUAUAGCUUACUGUUUUUUGCCUCUUGCUCAUGAUCUCACUGAGCAUUUUGUCACCUUGCAUCAACGUUCUAACAAACAUAUUUUGUUUUAAGCAUCUCUGAGCCUGGCUGUUGAUGGAAAAACCAGAACAGUUCUUAGUAGGAACAAGAGGAUGAUACCUCUACUUUAUGAGCACUUUUUUUUUAUCUGUUUUGGUAGUUAGGGCAGAUCUCUCAAAUUUGUUUUGUAGUAUUUCAUCUUUGCACAUGUGCCUUGUGAUAGUUAACCUACAUGUCUGGCCUAAAGCAUGGCAGGAGCAGAUCCAUGGAGUUAGCAGGGGCCCUCUCUUAGCCCCUUCUCCUUCUAAGAAAAGAGCAGAGAAAGCUUAUUUAAUUUUCUGAUCUUCUGCUUGGUGAGGAUUUUGGAGAGAAGAGGGUAGAGUCCUUCGCUGCUCCCACUCCCAAUCAUUUAAGCAUCAUUUUAGUUUUCACAGUGUGAUAAGAAUGAGUUUUGUGCCUGAAACUGAUGUUCAACCCUCAUCAUCAUCACCACCUCCCUCAUUUCCCCUUUGCCAGGAUUUGCCCAUUUAACAGGGGCUUUUGCUUAUUUGUUUUGCUGAUUGUGAAUUUGUUUCUUCUGUUAAACUAUAGCACUUCUAUUUAAAUUUAUUCUAUACAAAUAAUGGAUUUAAGGAAGGUAGUCAAGGUAUCAAUGUAUUUUAGUUCUGGAUCUCUUCCAAAAAUGGACAACUCAUAUCUCUGGAGAAUCUUGUUUCUGAUAGUUUUAUACUAAAGUAGCUAGAGAUAACUUUCUAUGGGAUUUGAACUGACUGUGGCCAAACUCAUAGAGGCCCCUGUUGUCAUUUCUCAGAGAUUUGACAUGGCGGGGGCAAAGGGGAGGCAUUGCUAUAGUCAAUAAUACUUUUGUCUUUGCACACCAAAUCCUGAUGCAAUAUUACUAAUGCCUAAAACUUGAAUUUUACUUUGACCUUGCCUAUUAAUCCCCUCUUCCUUCAUCCCUCCCUACUGCUCUCCCUUUCUUUCUCUCUCCAAUUGUACUACCACAAAUUAAAGGAUAAAUAAUGUUUAUUAUGUAUAAUUGAAUUUCAUGAGAAUUGGAUAUCUGCCCAAGUAAUGGAGUCCUAUUUUUUUCCUAUUCAAGUCUAGAAACAAGUCUUAUUUUUGCUCUUUUGGUUCUUGAAGUGACAAUUUGCUAGACAAGGUGGCCAGAUUUUCUGAAAUCAGAAAAGUAAUCACAUUUGUUUGUGAAGGUUACAGACAAAUUCUGAAUCAUUUCAUUGAAUCUAGUGCCAUCUUCCAAGUUGUCUUUCUCAUAGACAUUAUCACUUGGAAAACUGGUACUAAGAAAGGUCCUAGUUGUUCAAGGAAAACAGGAUUCCUGCUCUCACUGUAAAGGAGAGACUCUUGUGCUAGAAUCUGAUCAAGUAAUUUUUUUUUUUUGGUAGAAAAGACAAUUGUGAUGCAGAUCUGGGAUAUGCUUGGCUAUGUUAGGGCAGGAUCCUAAUAUAUUAUCUGAUUCCCUGCUUUGCUUGAAUUUGUGUUUUUGAAACUUGGCUUAUCUAUACUCUUUUACUAAUGAUUUUAAAAUGCCUUUCUGUCUCUGGACAAAGACCACUUUUGAUAAAUCAUAUUUUUCCUCCAUAUGAUCUCCUAUAUUGUAAGCUCCUUGAGGGCAGGCAUUGUGUCCUUUUCCUGUCAUCAAUAGUGCCUUGCACAUAGUAGGUGCUUAGCUAAUAUUAGUUGGAGUGAAAUUUCAUUUCUUUGUUGGACUUGUAACAUGUAUAUCUCCUUUUCUCUUUUUGUACAAAAACUAGUAAAUAAUGAAUGAUGUUUGUUACAGUAAAUACAUUGGAUUAAAAGAUAUAACUGUAAAUAAUUUUUAGAGCAUAAGCACCUGGAAUCCCCUUUUUUUAUUCUUAAAGCUCUGUCUGAAAAAUCUCACUUUUUUACAAGGGAAAAUGGCAUAUUCAAAAUUUUAAUUUUUUAAACAACAAAAUUCCUCAUGUUAGUAUAUAUCUGAAGGCACAGAUUUAGAUAACUUUAGAAGAUAUUUCUAAGGAAAGAGAAUGGUUUUUCCACACGUUUUAUAUUAUCACAGAAGAAUACUAAAUGAUGGGACCCUAGGAAUCUCAAAUAUAACUGUGCUUCAGAAAAAAGCUCCAA